GCGAUGUUUUAAUAUUAUGGCACCUUCAAAAAUAUUUACGCUGCUAGAUUGCCUUAGCUUUCCUACAUGGUCUUGAACGUGAUUCGGGAUAAAAGGUUUCUGUGAACUGGGUUGGCGGGGUUGACGCAAUUAUUUGCUGCGCUAAUUGUUUUUCGAUUUGUUAUGAUGGGAUGAAAAGAUUAGAGCCUCUGUGAUCAUAAAUUAUAUAAACUGGUCUACUUCAACAAGGAUUAUGCUAUACAGCUUUUAGAUAGACCCCGUUUUGUAUUUAACGUAUAGAAAAUAGGUUUCUUAUGAGGUUUAAAAACGCGGCGGUCUUUUGUGAGAGUGAUAUCAGAUUUGUGGGGUUAUAAAGCAAUCAGAUAAAGUGAUGAAAUUCGCCUCAAACACUGGGAGGCUCCGUCCAUCUUCGCGCGCACUUAGAACACGACUUUAGAAGAACGUUUGAGUGUGUCCAUCACAAGGUAGAAUAACAAUUCAAAUAUUUAAUUAAAGGACUUGAAGGCCAUUGGUUCUCUAGCCUUGUCAUGUAAAAGCCAAAGGAGAAUCAGGAACUUGGUCCCAAAUCGUAGCCACGGUGCUAUAUGUAUACUUUAUUUUACCGAAUACCGGGUUCACCCUGUUGGUCGCGGCGUUGAGAAGGAGAAGAGAGAAAAUGAAUUAAAGUGACGAUGUCUGCGCCACCGACAAACUCAACGAACGCAACGGAGUGUUUUCUAUCCUUGGUGAAGGACCUUCCAUCUAUAGUUGCCAUCAAGAUCUUGGCCUAUUGUAUAGUCUGGGUUGUUUCACUGGUUGGCAACACUCUGGUUAUUCUCGUCGUGUUGCGAAAUGACAACAUGCACACCACCAUCAAUUACUUCAUCGUCAACAUGGCGUGUUCUGACCUCGCGGUGCCGCUCUUCGCUAUUCCCAUACGAGUCACCGAGAAACUCAGAGGCACUGGGGAGUGGUUAGUUGGGGGUGAAGCCGGCAAUGCCUUGUGUAAAAUAUCCUACUUCCUUACAGAUGUCUCCCCGGUGGUCUCUGUGCUCAGUUUGAUCAUUAUCACAGUUGACCGUUUUGCCGCGGUCGUUUUCCCGAUGCGCGCCACUUUGUUUAGUUCUACGGUCAGAGGAACACUUAUUGCGCUCACCUGGAUUAUUGGGAUGGCUGUGUUCGCUCCUUACUUUUACACGUUCCGAGUCCAAGGGAAGGACUGCAUUAGCAGCUGGGAACCAGCCUUUGAGCAGCUGCCGACGCAAAUCGCCUUCGUGUCUGUGAUCUGCGUCAUGUUCAUCAUUGUGCCGUUCAUCACCCUAACAGUGCUUUACACCGUAAUGUCUGCACAGCUAUGGAAAACAUCAAAUCGAGUCGCGUCCAUGCAAACAAGCGAUAUCGCCCGAAACCAACGCCGGAAAAACAUUCGCGUUUUCUAUAUGUCCCUUACGAUAGUAGUGAUCUUUGGCCUGUGUUACGGACCAUAUAACUGCUUUAUGCUAGCGCUGAAUUUCUACUGGCGCUGGGAUACCGAGGAGUGUAGCACUAUGGUACCUAGAGUGUUCUACAUCGCGCAAUUCCUAACGUUCUGUAACUCUGCAGCAAACCCAUUCGUGUAUUUCGUAUUUGUCACCCGUUAUCGACAGGGACUAAAAAAGCUGUGCUCACGUCCCUGCCCAUCUCUUCCGGCCGCAACCCGACAUACCUUCGAAACAAAUUCGUUCUCUCGUCGGGAAGACCUCGUAGCGAGUUCGGUUGCAGAGUUUGACCCGAUACAUGUGACAGCUUACUGUAGUAAGCAAGCAAGUUCAUCCCGAGAUCAGGGAGAUUGCUUUGUUGAGAAUUGUCAGUCAGAGAAGAUGGCGAGAGAAAGUGCUUCUAAAAAGGCUACGAGCAGCUUGUAACGAUACUAAUAAGUAGUAGCAUAGGUAACAAAAUUAGUAGAGUGGUUUUCAAAAACCUGUGAAAUACUAUUUAGUUUAUUCUAAGUACUAAUACACUGUAUUGUCUUUGUUCUUUUUUGUUCUGGUUUGACUAUUACACUUUAACAGUUACAUUUUGUUGCACGGGAUUUUGAAAACCACUCUAAUGAAUGAAACAAAUAAUUAAUAGCAUAGGUAACUAAACUAGCGCUUUCUUGGUGGAAAGAUAGUGAGUAAUGUGUAUCUCUCUAUUCCC